AUGGUCUUGAGAAAAUGUGAAAUCUGCGACCGAAAGUUCAAAAAGACUGAACAUUACAAACGUCAUGAGCGGUCUCAUACCAAGGAGCGUCCGUAUGAAUGCACCGUUUGCCACAAAAAAUUCUCUCGCAGUGACGUCCUGAGUCGCCAUGCAAAAGGCCAUAUACAAAAUGCGAAUGGCCCCACAAACAUCGCCAACGCUGCAAAGAAUACCACAGCAACCACUACUACUACGACGACAACAACAACAACACCCCCAACAACCGCUGCUGAUGCAGUCGGUCCUAUAACGUCUGCCACGCCAAUGAUCCCGGAUGCCUCCGAUCUGGGCACUAACCUUCAGAUUCCGGCAGAUCCUAAUCAUAUACAAGAAGAGCAACGGCGCAUGUCAUUAGUGAACUUGCAUUCGACUGCUGCACACAACCACCAAGACAAUGACGCACAGCAUCACUUUAUCAAUACUUCUGGCGCCCCUGGGACGGCCAACAAUCGAGCGUCUGUCCCCGUUUUCCCGCCAACGCCGCGAGACGUUCAGAUUACGCCUCCAGGCGGACUCUCGUCUAACCUAGAUUUCCUCGCGGAUAUCUCCGCACACCAACCGCGUACGGAACCGGAGAUUAAUGCCAUGAUGAUAGACGAACAGAAUACAGCUUACUUUGCCUGGGGGGAUGUCUCUGCCCUUGAUUCUGUGGAGCAACAACAGCAAACCCAACGCCCAAUUGCCUUUGAUCCGAUGCCGAAUGAGAUGCUGCAACUGUGGCUGGAACCACGAGCAGAUAGUGUUUCGCAUCACAGUUCCUCGAUUGAUUUUAUACGGAAUAUGAACUUUAUGGGGGAGAAUUUCAUCUCCCCCGGAAGACGCGAUAGUCGCUCAAUGGACCCGAACAAGGCUGCCGAUGAUAUUCCCAAUGAGCGUUUUACACGUGUUGAGCGCAGUUGGGUGGCGCCUGCCAACUUGGUGGGACGCCUGAUCAAUAACCUCUGGCAAGAUGUUUCAUGCUAUGAAUCUGAUAAUCUUUUUUCAAUCCUGCCAUGGCAAUCUAUGAGCCCAUCAACCGGCAACUAUUCCGGUAGCAGGUUUGGCCUGGAUGAAGAAUGCCGAUCACAGCUACAACAUGCUUUUGGCUUAUCACUUGCUUCCAUAGGAAGUAUCACAUCUGCUACUCCUAAUGACGCCUUAUCUCCAACGGCGUCGACAACAGGUUCGGGAUCAAUCCCAACUUUCCCUCCAGCCGAGAUUUUGGAUAUGGCACUUGAUCUAUAUUUCCGACACUUCCAUCCCUUGGUACCGUUUGUCCAUUUACCGACUUUUUGCGCGAAAAAGACCAAAACCCCUCUCCUCUUCGUCAUGUGUCAGAUCGGAAUGAUCAUUCUCGGCACCAAGGGCACUACUAGCUUCGUUUCGAAGACGUUCACCUGCUCGUUGGAGAGGAUAAGUUCGGAACUAGCCAAAUGUGCCAUUGGGAAUGAGACGUCGACAGGAGUUGUUUCUACCUUUGCCGCGGCUUUACUUAUGCUUAAUCUAGCUGCUCUGACUGGCGAGAAAUCGCAUAUACAGCAAUCCCAGAUGCUUUAUAUCAACCUCAUGUCGAUCGCCCAACGACAUGGACUUUUCACCGCUGGCGAAGGUCAAUCGGUAGACAUGUCUCUAUUUGAGGCAGUCCCAGAUCUUGAAAUGAGAUGGAAAGCAUGGAGCAGGGUAGAGUCAACCAAACGUCUUAUCGUCGGGCUUUUAUUGCUUGACUCGUGGUUUUCGUCGUUCCUCUCCACAAGUCCGAUAAUCGCACCAGACUCGGUUCAGAUUGUGCUCCCAUGCCAUGAAUCACUUUUCCAAGCCAAUUCUUCCUCUCGCUGGAUGCAACAUAUCCGUGGCGGCAAACGAAUCAUCACCUCCAUUGUCAAGUCGCCGUCCGAAACAACCGCCCUACCGGUCCUCGACAUACCAGUCGACGAGUUUUGUAUGCACGGACUGCUUGCGAUGCUCCAAUUGCGCCUGUCAGAGGCAUAUCAUCGUAUUCUCUUCAAGAGGCCCAGCUACCCGUUCGCUCCCUGCCACACGUAUGCCAUGGAUGGUCGAGCUCGAUGUUUGACAUCUUUGCAAGUGCAACUUAUGAACACAUACAGCGAAUCACUUUCACGGAUGAAUCCGAAUUGCAUCGUCAUGUGGCAUCACAUGUGCAUGGAUCUGACAGCAGAUAUUCAAAUCUUCGAACUGGCCGCUGGUCGUAAUGGGGCAGCUCCCGCUCGAAAAGCUCUCGACGACAUUGCAGCAUGGGCUCAGACACCAGCUGCUCGUCGCGCGUGUCUGCAUGCAGCACAAAUCUUCAAAGCAAUAUCAAACCGCAGGGCAUCUGAUGAUACGAUGUUCCACUCCGUCCACGCCUUGUUCUCAGCUGCUCUUAUACUAGGGUUGUACAUCUACAUGGUCCCACGUUCCGCAGAAACGCAAGCAGGCGCCACAUCAAUUGAACUGCUAGAUGACAUUGACUGGCAACAAGUCGGCACAGAAGGGUUCACAAGUUUCAUGGAACCACAUGGUAGUCCAUCGUCGCGAACAAUGGACGACCAAGCUAUCAAUUUCAUUCGACAUGGUGGUACGAUCUAUAUCCGUGGCGUCCCGCAUCAGGGCGGUUAUCAGUCCGCGCGACGGAUAUUGUUGGAUUAUGGCGGCUUGCUCAAGGAUACGGGGAAAUGGAGCGUGCGCAAGUUUUCUUACGUGCUUCAUAUUAUGAGUGAUGUUUUGAUGGAUGUUGAUUGA